AUGCCGGCGGACAAGGAAUACGAAACCACGGACUUCGUCGCAGAUGAACCAUAUUCUUCCUCGACCUCCCUCGAAGGGGAAGACCCCAAAACUCUAGAACGACGGAUUCUCCGCAAAGUGGAUAUUCGGCUCCUCCCCACGCUCGCGGCCCUCUACUGCAUCGCACUCGUCGACAGGACCAACAUCUCCGUUGCCAGAAUUUCCGGCCUCGACGAGGAUCUGAGACUCGAUGUCGGCGAUCGCGCGAGUAUCGUCCUCCUCGUCUUCUUCGUUGGAUACGUGAUUUUCGAGAUUCCCAGUAAUAUUUUGAUUCGCAAGAUUGGGCCGGCGAUAUGGCUGGGGGCUAUUGGGGUUGCGUGGGGGGCUGUGAGUUUGGGGAUUGGAUUUCUGAACAAUUGGAUUUCGUUGGCUGUCUUGAGGGCUAUUUUGGGGUGUUUUGAGGCGGUUCGUUGAAAAUACGUGUGUGUCGAUGGGGAGACUGAGCUGAUUGUUGUUGCUGCUGUUAGGGUUAUUAUCCCGGAUGCGUAUACCUGAUCGCUUCCUGGUAUAAGCGCUACGAAGUUCAAAAGAGGUUUUCCUUCUUCUUUGUUCUAGCCACGGCAAUCUCUGGAUUCGCAAAUAUCUUUGCCCUUGGACUGAUUCAGAUUUCGAAAGUCACAAGCUAUAAAGGCUGGAGAUGGAUUUAUAUUAUCGAAGGAGCCAUGACGAUCCUGGUAGCGAUUGCGGCUUAUUUUAUUGUUGUGGAUUUCCCGCAAUCGCAUCGAAAUAAGUUCCUUACGCCAAAAGAGAAGAGUUAUGUGGUGGAAAGGCUGGCUCACGACCGUGGACGGGAAUCCGAUGGUGACAGAGUUACGUGGCGAGCGAUCUGGAACACGGCAAAGGACUGGAAGGUCUGGACUUGCAGUGUGAUGUAUUUCGGCGGAGCAGUGGGAUCGUAUGCCUUUACGCUCUUCCUUCCGAUCAUCCUGCAGGAUGGCCUGGGAUUCAGUCGGGAAUUGUCGUUCUUACUUUCCGCUUUUCCGCCUGUGUUUGCCGCGCUGGAAGUCAUGGCUCUCUCUUGGGUAUCCGACAAAAUUCACCAACGAGGCAUCUUCGUUAUCGGCCAAAGCGUGCUUGGCAUUGUUGGUCUGGUCAUGGUCGGCUUCCUCCGUAACCAGGUGGCCAGGUAUGUCGGGGCGUUCCUAGGAUACGCUGGAGCCACGGGUCUAGUGGUCAGCUCCAUGGCCUGGCUCACAAACAACGUACGCGGCGAUUCGAAGAGAUCCGUAGCGACGGCUAUUGCAAUAAUGUUAUCAGGCAUCUCAGGAAUUUAUUCGUCCCUCGUGUUCCGACAACAGGUAUGUCUUGUAUUUAACUAUACUUGUGGGUCUCGCGCGAGUACGAGUGGCUGAUCUGAAGUUAGGAUGCUCCUGGAUAUGUGCCUGGUAUCUAUGCUGUUAUUGCUGUUGAUUUACUGGCGAUUUUUUUGGCAGUCGUUACGGUUCUAGGGUUGAGAAGAGCUAACAAGAGGGCGGAACAAGGGAGAUUGGUGAUUGAGGGCCUGGAAGGGUUUAGAUAUACGUUGUAA